AUAGAGCGACAUCUUUCAGUGUGUCAAGAGUUGAAAGAAGGCGGAAUGACAGUAAUCAGCAUCGAUGGAGGCCGAGGCAAUGAAGCGGUGCGGGGCUUGGCAGAUACAUUAGAGAUGCCAUUAAUCUCGCUAACAUCGCCUUCGUAUCCUCUAGAUCCACCAAAUUUCUUUGAGGUAUCGGUUCGCCCAUCUUCUGCUGAAAUAUUAGCUGAUUUCAUCAUUCACAAGCAAUGGAGAGAGAUCAUUCUGUUGACUGAUGGAGAAUUCUCAGGAAUUUCUCUUCCUUGGCUCUGGCAUCAUUUGCACAAAAAAUCGAACCGGUCUACAAAUGCUCAGCUCUUAGAGCUUCCAAGGGAUCCGGAGAAGUUCAGCGAAUUUUUGAGGCAAUUCAAUCUCGGUCAUUCCAACUACACCAAUAGAGAUGUUGUGGGUCUUUUAAAAUAG